AUGCUGUUGCAACGCGACCGCCGAACAGCACGUCGCGCACGGGCCCGAGAUCGACGUUCCACUUGCCGUCGAACUUGCGCCAAUGCCCGCCUGCUGGCCAGCGGCGCGCGUCUUGAACAGCGCCGGAUCGGUCGGCGACUGGGCGAGCGUCAAGGACGGCCCGUUGCGAUCGAAGGCGAAGCUGCCCAGGUAUUGCCGACCAUGUCCAGCCGCCCGGGCGACCAGCGCGUCGGAUGUUGUGAACAUCGGUAUUCAGCUUCGACCGUUUGUAAUAUUCGUCCAUGCGAACGGCGAAAAUUGCCCGCCGCCGGUGACGCCCGCCGCACGGGUGGUGACGCUCGACAGUCGCGUGAUCGGGGCCGAGGCCGAGUCGUAAGCAUUGCGUUGGUUCGGGGCACGCUCAGUCGCCCCAGAUGCGAAGCGCCGUGCCCUGUACCUCAAAUUGUCGACCGGCUUACGGACCGCGAUAUAGCCAGUGGUGCGGAUGCUGUUCGACUGGGACGCCGUCAUCCACCAGGAAUUGCGGCACCAGCAUCGAGCUGGUCAGUGCCAGGCCGCUGGUCACCAUGGGGAGCAGCGCCGGGUUUGACCAACGAUCCGCUCGCCCCGUUGCUGCAAAUCACCCCAACCAUUGCCGUUGCAGACCGGGCCAUAGCGCGUCGCGAAGGACCCGGCGCCCAGCACCGACUUGUUAUAGGCCAGGCUCGCCAGGAUGCCGAAGGUCUUGUCUUCGUUAUACCAGCUAUACAGGAUCGACGCGCGCGGCGUGCGUUCCCUUAUUGCGCAGGUUCACAUUGUCAGUUGGCCGCCACCGACAGCGUAUUGCGCGGCAGUUCGAACGGCAGGCGUGAAUUGACGAUGAUCGAGCCGCCGACGCCGCCUUCGUCCAGCCGCGCUUCCGACGUCUUCUUCGGUGGUCGCGAUCGGCUGGCCGUUGAACUGGGUGAGGAUCAACCGCGAUCGAUGCCGUUGAUCGACACCUUCGCGCCCUCGCCACCGGCGGUAUGGUCGAUGGUCACGCCCGGAAGGCGCGACAGCGACUCGGCGACGUUCACGUCAGGAUAG